GUAAGACAAAAACUUGCUUGUUAAUCCAAGCCUCUCAAACAGGAAAUGACUUUUACUUCUGUGCUACAGAGACUUAAGUUGAAGAACAUUUGUGGUUAUCAACAGUUGAGAGUUUCCUCCAGUGUGAGCUGUGCAUGUGAUGGCCCAGACAAAAGAUCCAAACUUUGGGCAGUCAUCAGGCACUAACUCUGCCCUUCAGAAGCUGGACACGUUAGCUAGCAGAUUUUUUUACAAAUAUCGAAAAGGGCACCAGGAGAAAGGACUAGAGAAUGAGGGGCCACAUGUGUCAGAGUAUGCCAUUCUUUGGGAUGCAACAAUGAAAGAAUUCUUUGCACAAGCCAAAGAGGAUUUCUUGAGAAAAUGGGACUUUCAGCCACAGAACACAUCGUGUCUAGAUGAAUUUGACCGAUUGAAAACUCUUGGCACUGGAUCUUUUGGAAGAGUAAUGCUAGUCAAGCACAGACAGUCAGGACAAUACUAUGCUAUGAAGAUUCUGGACAAAGAAAAAGUGGUGAAGCUUAAACAGAUAGAACACACAUUAAACGAGAAGAAAAUAUUACAAGCAGUGUCAUUUCCUUUCCUUGUGAAGCUGGCGUUUGCUUUUAAGGAUCAUUCAAAUUUAUACAUGGUCAUGGAAUACAUCCAAGGUGGUGAGAUGUUCUCACAUCUGAGACGGGUUGGAAAAUUCAGUGAGCAGAAUGCACGGUUCUAUGCUGCUCAGAUUGUUCUGACCUUCGAGUAUCUUCAUGCUCUAGACCUCAUCUACAGAGACCUUAAACCUGAAAACUUGCUCAUUGAUCAUCAGGGAUACAUCCAGGUAACAGACUUUGGCUUUGCCAAACGAGUCAAAGGCAGAACUUGGACGUUGUGCGGUACACCAGAGUACCUGGCACCAGAGAUCAUUCUCAGCAAGGGCUACAACAAAGCUGUUGACUGGUGGGCGUUGGGUGUUCUGAUCUAUGAAAUGGCUGCUGGAUAUCCACCUUUCUUUGCUGACCAGCCUAUUCAGAUCUAUGAGAAGAUUGUAUCUGGCAAGGUGAGAUUCCCUUCACACUUUAGUUCAGACCUGAAGGAUCUUCUGCGCAAUCUGCUGCAGGUGGACCUCACAAAACGCUUUGGCAAUUUGAAAAAUGGAGUCAGCGACAUAAAAAACCACAGAUGGUUCGCUACAACAGACUGGAUUGCAAUCUUUGAGAAGAAGAUUAAUGCUCCCAUCAUACCAAAGUGCAGAGGACCUGGAGACACAAGUAACUUUGAUGAGUACGACGAGGAAGAAAUCCGGUUAUCUGUCACAGAGAAAUGUACAAAGGAGUUCUUAGAGUUUUAGGGUCUCUGUAAAGGCUUUAUUUAUUUUGUCUUGUUUUGCACCUUCAAAGAACAUCACAAUUUCUUCCAACAUUAUGUCAUGCAAAGAGACUUUAGGAGAUUUGGAAAUUCACAGGUGCCUUUAUCAGUGAAGUUUAGUCUACUGCAUUAAAAAAGAUCACAUAGUCUUCUGUUUGGAAACAUUUAUGUUUAAAUUUGAGAUUUUUUACUUGUGUUCAUCUUUUAUAUGUAAAUUAAUUUAUAAAAUGAAUAAAGGCUAUUUUUCCUGCGUUUAACUUUUAUUUUCACUCAAGUCUGUUACACAUUAAAGAAAUGUGCUGCAUACUGUAUGUUCAGUAUUAAUACAUGAGAAAAGCUCAAUUCCACAUUAUGUUUAAGUGUGUGUGCAUGAUAUCUGUUUGUGUGCUGAAGAAAGCUUUUGGUUGUUCAGAAAUAUCAAAAUGCCAAAAUUUCA